AUGACGCGCAGUGGCGAUGUGAGUGUUUUGCGCGACAUGACAACGCAUAGAGAUUUAUACCGCAGCCAACUGAAUGAUGUGUCGACGAUGAGUGGCCCCUUCAAGGCGGCGGCAAUGGCAUCCUCAACGUCGGCUGUACCUGCACGGCAGACGGCAGGGUCAGUGGCCCCUGAGGACACAGUGUUGCUUGAAAUUCUUAUUCCUGUGUAUAUUAAGCUGGAGGAUCGUGAGGAGGUGUGUCGCGAGCUGGGCGUCUUUGUUCAGACAGGGCGUGGUGGAGUGAACAGCCUUUCGCGAAAGGUGUGUGUGCGUUUGACGGACCCUACGGACCCGUUCUUUUUAUUCGAGCUCGAGCUGCUUGAGGAUGACUAUGGUUCAUUCAAGCAACGCUUGGAGCUUCUUGUGGACUUCAGUGGGUUUCCCAGGUACCUAGUCUCCAUGCUGAACGGUAUUGUUAACGGAGCCAUGCCGUAUUCGGUUUGCUUUGUCGUAGACAACCGGGACACGCUGCGCGGGAUGCUGCGGGUUCUUGAACGGACGGAAUUCCGUACGGUGGAACACAUCUCGCUCUUGUUGAUGCGCCAGGGCGACGCGGGGCAGAAGCGGUACCUGGCGGAGCGCUUUCAACACUUCGAACGGGCGUACACGCGGGCGGUUGUGGAGCACCGCUCCGCCGCGGCGGCGGCAACUGCGAAUAUCGAAUCAUUGAAGAGUGAAGUGGCGACACUGCAGGAAGGCUGUGACUCGUUGCGGGAGGAGCUGAGGCUUGAGGUGGCGAAGUCGGAAAAGAAUCAGUUGUCCAGCGUCAGUCAGCUGCGCGAGGAACACGCCAACGAACUUGCGCGACUCCGCAGUUCCAUGGAGGCUGAACUCCGUCGUUUAACGGGCAAAGCGGAGGAGGUCCAGGCGCGACUGAUGGAGGAUGUGCGAACAAAGGACAAGAGUAUGCAGGAGGCCAACAAACGUGUGACCUCGCUAGAGUCCUCCAUUGUGGCGUUGCAAUCGCAGCUGCGCGUGGCUGGAGAUAAAUGCCACGCCCAGGCGCGGGAGCUGGAGGAGCUUCGUUCCUCUAACCAUGAGCUUCAGAACUUUCGCUCAAACGCCACCCGCUCUAUCUCUGACAAUGAGCUCCAUUCCGUUAAGCUGCAAGAGCGCGUGCGUGGUUUGGUGCAGACACUAAAGUCACGGGAUGAUGAGGUCCAGUCGCUACGGGAGCAGUACCAGAAGCAGGACGGCUACAUACGUAUCAUUACCUCACAAAAUGAACAACUAACUGAGCAGAACAAAAAGAACGAGGUGUCACUAAAAAAGGCACAUCAUAUCAUUGCAACUCAGUUAAAUCACAUAAAAGGUGCGAAGGAGCGAGAGCGCAUGAUGCGUAGUCAAUUACGCAGCCAGGAGGCUCUACUACAAGACAAGGUGGACACUGUUACCCGGCUGAGAGACGAGUUAGCAUCCUCGGCAGAACGGGGGCGGGUCCUUCAGGACAAAAUCACUGAACUGCGCGAUCAGCUGGGGAAGACAGAUGCAGCGCGGGAGAAACUUGCACAGGAGUUGAAGCAGAGUCAAGAUGCCCUUAUUCACCUGCAGAGAAGCACCAGUGUAAAUGGACGACACUGGUCUGUCUUAGCUACCACUAGCACCAGUAACAAUUUCAGCAGUGGACUUGGCAUGGGGCUCAGUAACAGCCUUGGGUCGACGGCAAAUGACAUUUACAGGGAGUUCAAUAAGAAUGCCGUGACCACCGCGCGAACGGCGGGUUGGUUACCCUCAGACGGAACCAACGAUUUGCGUGGGGUGCCCGCAGCGCGUUCUCAGAAUGGGGUGCAUGGAUCUGACAACAAUCCGCACGGCGUUGUGGUGGGUGAGCCGAAGUAUGUUGGCAAGGCGUCACAAGCUGCGGCGGGCCCCGCAACCAACAACGCCGCAAAUGGUUUUGAGGCCGGGGCGGGAAUCGCCCCUGGUAGCGGUAUGGCAAAACUGUCUACUGCCUCCGAGAGUCACGUCAUGAACGGGAAGUACACGCGUCAGCCUUUGGAUACGGCGGCAGUCAAUGUGGCGUUGAAUGCGAGGAGCCAAAUGUUUGCCACCAAAAACUUCUUCAACGAUGGUUGUGACAAGGCGAACCCCGUAGCCAAUGCGGCGUCCUUCGUGGAAAAAAUACCGGGAACCAUGGCAAAAACGGCGGCCGCUCCAAGCGCUUACUUUUAG